AUGAUCUCUUCCAACGACUCCUCUAAUCUCUCGACUUCGCCAAAGUCACUCUCAAUACAUGCUUCUUCAUCCCCUCUAAAUGAAAAACCAUGGAUUCAGCAACAAUUUAUUACUCCACCUACCACGCCUUUACCAUUCCCUCCACCUCUCACUCGGGAGAUGUUUGCAAUCGACAAUUUCGAUGCCGACACUUUUCUAGCAAACAGACGACAUUUAACCCUCGAUGAGCUGAAGCGCGAACUGAAUGGACAUUUAAAGAGUUUAAAGAACGUACUUGUUGAACUGAUCAACAAAGAUUACUCGAGCUUUGUCGACCUCUCGACAAAUUUGAAGGGGGUAGACAAGGUUAUUGAGGAGAUUGCUAGUCCAUUGGUGAAGAUAAGAGAGCAAGUCCAGGGAGUUAGAUCGACUAUGCAACAAGUAGUGAAUGAAUUGGAGAGCAAAUUAGCGCUUCGAGCUUCAAUCAGAGAGAAGAAAGCCGCAUUGCAACUGCUCAUCAAUAUCCACGAAUCGGUGAGAAAGGUUGAGGUGCUCUUGUUGAUUAACAGUGAGAAUGGGUCAUCUUUAUUGUCGGACAAUGGAAGCGGAGGCAACGCGAAGCAGAUUGAGAGAGUAGCAGUAGAGUUUAACCAGAUGCAAUAUUUGGUAAACAGAGGUCAAGGUUUAGCGUUCGUUGAAAAUAUUGACUGGCGGAUUAAAAGAAUUAAAGAAACUCUGCGUACAAAUCUCACUGCUGCUCUUCGAUCGGCUUUACAAGGCAUAAAGAACAAUUCUAAUUAUGCGUCUUCCAGAGACACUCUAACCCAGAUUCUCAGAACUUAUGCUUUGAUAGACCAGACAGCAGCAGCCGAAGAGGUGAUUAGGGAGGAACUUGUGGCUCCAUUUGUUGCUGAGACAGCCAGUAAACAAUUUCUUGAGAAUCCACUUACGUCGACUCCUUCGGUUAUGCCCUCAACUUUAUCCUUCCCAGCUGCUAAAGUUCUCGUUUCAUCAAAAGAGCCGCUUGCUAUAAUGUAUAGCAAGAUACUGAGUUUCAUUAGUAAUGAUUGUUAUGUACUCAUUGAAAUCACUAAGAAAGUUCUCAAGAGUACUAGUUACGAGAUUCUAGUAAAUUCUGUGUGGACUGAAGUUGUGGACACAAUAUUAAAGAAAUUGGGUGUAAUAUUUAAUGCCGGAAAUCCGAAUACAUUUCACAAGAAUUACACAAUAUCAAUGGGUUUUGUCUCGGGUGUUGAAAGCAUGUGCUCUUCGAAGAAAUCUCUGUUAUAUCUGAGAAAUCAUAAUUCAUAUGUUGAAUAUAUGAAGAGAUGGCAACUUGCUGUAUACUUUCAGUUGAGAUUCAGAGAGAUUUCAAUUCAAGUUGAGGAUGUUCUCGGUUCAGGGUUGGAAUUGAGUGCGACUGGGUUUUCGAAUUCUGCCGUAUUCAAGUUUCCUGCCAGUAGGACUAUCAUGGCAGCCAUCCAAAGAUGUUGGGCAGAUGAUAUUUUUAUAUACGGCUUAUCGCAUCGGUUUUGGAAAUUGACUCUACAGCUGCUACAACGUUAUAAACACUGGAUAUUGAAUGCUAUAAACGAAUUGAAUGAUGCAAAUUUAAACAAGAAUAACAAGGAUAACACAUCAAGUGCUGUAAUUGCAGAUGCUACAGAUGAACAGCUCUUACGAUUGCUCACAGCAGUUGCGUUCGAUAUUGAGAAUAUACACGAUAAGGUCAAAUUAUUCUAUGGUGACACAAUUCUUCUCAAACUUCCAACAUUAAUGGCUGAUGAGCCUAUUAUCGAAGACUCUAUAACAUCUCCCUUAAUAACACUCAGAGAUACUCUUCUUCCCGAUCUCACCAACCAGAUAACAACGAUACUGACAAAGCAAUGCUCAGAAAUUCUCCAUCAUGUCCGGAGCAUUACCCAACAAUACAGACAUACAAACAAGAAAGCCCCUACCGAAGCUAGUGAUUUUGUUCCGCAUAUAAUGAAGCCACUGGUUACAUAUACGGUUGCGAAUAAAGCGAUAUUAACCGAGAAGACAAGAAAGACAGGGAGUUUAAUUGUUGCUGAAGCUGUUGCUACGAGGUUACUAUGGAUACUCAAAUAUUGCAAUCGUGCAAGCGAACUACUGACAUCGCUAAAAAAAACCGAAGAAGCAUUAAAACGCCUGAAGAAAGGAAAAUCAGCUAAAGCAACUGCUACUAAUACGUUGUUUUCAUCAUUCCUGAGCGAUGACUCUGGAAUGAGUGAUGAGGAUAAGAUAAGAUUGCAGAUUUUGUUAGAUGUCAAACAAUUUGGAAAAGAGUUGAUGAACUUGGAAAUCGACCCAGAACAACUUGAAGGAUACAAUGAACUGUACAAACUUGUUGAGCCAUUUGGUAAAUACAACACGUCUUGA